GUCGGUAAAAUAGUGGAAAUUAUUUACAAAUGGCAACUCAAUAGAUUCCUCGUCAAAAGAAAAAUGCCGCUGCCAAGAGGAAACGUAAUGAUAAAGGUUGGUUUUCUGCGUUGACAGUGGAGUUCGCGUAUUUUCUUUUGUAAGGCUACUUAGCAGGAUAAAAUGUUCGAAAUGAAUACGGCGGAACCUAUGCAGGUGGAUGUGCCGAUGGAAGACAACGAGAACAAUGAGACAGAAUGUUACGUUGUUGAGAAUCCCACUCUAGACCUGGAAACCUAUGCAGCUUCAUAUACUGGUUUUGCCAAAUUGUACAGACUCAUGUUUGUAGCAGACCACUGUCCCUCACUGAGAUUAGAAGCUCUGAAAAUGGCUAUUUCAUAUGUGAUGACCACCUACAAUGUGAGCUUAUAUCAAACACUUCACAAAAAGCUUGCGGAAGCUGUAGCUUCUGCUGGACUCCCUGAUGUUGCCCAAAUGGGAUCUCAAGACAUCCCUGUGCUUGACACAAUGUGGGUGGAAUCCAAAACCAAAAAGGCUGCCAUUAAAUUGGAAAAACUAGACACAGACCUCAAAAAUUAUAAAACCAACUCAAUAAAAGAAAGCAUCAGAAGAGGACAUGAUGAUUUAGGUGACCAUUACCUCGACUGUGGAGAUCUGACUGGUGCCCUGAAGUGCUACUCCAGAGCUAGAGAUUACUGUACAAGUGGAAAACACAUUAUCAUUAUGUGUCUGAAUGUAGUUAGAGUAUCAGUAUAUUUACAAAAUUGGGCACAUGUCCUCAACUAUGUGUCUAAAGCGGAGGGCACACCAGAUUUUAAUGAAGUCCCAGCAAAAGAUUCUAAUCAGUCCAUACUAACACGCUUAAAAUGUGCUGCUGGCCUGGCUGAAUUAGCAACGAAAAAGUAUAAAUCAGCUGCAAAACAUUUCUUAGCUGCCAGCAUUGACCACUGUGAUUAUUCAGAUCUGCUGACAAGUAACAAUGUUGCAGUCUAUGGGGGCCUGUGUGCGCUGGCAACAUUUGAUCGCUCUGAGUUACAAAAGCAAGUCAUAGUUAGCAGUUCUUUUAAAUUAUUCCUAGAACUAGAGCCGCAGUUGCGAGAUAUUAUUUUUAAAUUCUAUGAAUCUAAGUAUGCUUCUUGCCUGAGGUUACUGGAUGAAAUAAAGGACAAUCUCCUACUAGAUAUGUAUUUAGCACCACACUUAAACUCAUUGUAUAUGCAAAUCCGCAAUAGAGCACUGAUCCAGUACUUUAGCCCGUACUUGUCAGCAGACAUGAGGCUCAUGGCUGCUGCUUUCAACCGCACCGUCACUGCACUUGAAGACGAGCUGAUGCAGUUGAUACUUGAUGGACAAAUACAAGCUCGCAUUGAUUCACACAACAAAAUUUUGUAUGCUAAAGAUGUGGACCAGAGAAGCACUACUUUCGAAAAGAGUCUUGCAAUGGGGAAAGAAUAUCAACGGCGGACCUCCAUGCUGAUAUUACGUGCUGCUAUGCUCAAAAAUCAGAUCCAUGUCAAGAAUGUCGGCCGGGACAUCGGUCCGCAGAGCGGCGAAGCCCCGGGCUCCAGCACUAGCAUCCCCACACGCACCUUCGACACCGUGACUUUGUGAUGAAUUACUCAUUAUUCUAAUGAAAAUCGUCAAUGUGUUUGCGUGACAGUUUAAGUUGUAUUACCGGUGUCUAACUGCAUGCAAUACCAGAACACUAUGUUCAUUUUGUGAAUAUUAGCCACAACACUAUUGUAAUUGUCAUGCAAUAUUUUAAAGAACACUUUGUGUACUUUGAAACUCAUUUUUCUUUAUUAUUUAGUAAGGAUGAACAAAUGUGCUCAUGGCUUCAGUAAUUUAAUAAUUUAAAUAAACUGCUGAUGCAAUGGAAAUGUCUAUCAGCAAUCACAGAAAAUUGAACAGCUGGUGCAAACAUUAUUAACAUUGUUUAUACUGAAUUAUUCUAUGUAACCACAAAAUAUUAUGUCAACGUAAUUUUUAAUUAAAAAGUAAAGGCAUCAAAAA